AUGUCACAUAAGAAACACAAAAUCAAUGUUGAAAUAUCCCUAUGGAUUUUUGUGACGCUAAUUCUAUGUGGCCACCUACUCUCUUACGUAUCGGCUGGAUGUGCAAUAUGCAGCCGAGGAACCAAAUUCGAUCAAUGUGUCCAGGAUAAACGGAAGCACGAAACCAAGCAUUAUACAGAUAGUGAAUCGUGUACGCUUAGUCAACCUCUUCACAUCAAGCUUUAUGGCGACCUUCACAAUCUAGCAUAUUAUUACACUUACAUAGAGGUUGGGACACCUACUCAGCGCCAAACUGUGGUAGUGGACACGGGAUCAUCCAAUUUAAUGCUAAGUGACGCAGAGUCUCAUCAUUGCGGGCACCAUGAUUUGGCAGCCUUCGAUCCCGCCUGUUCGGAAACUACACUACUGAUAAGUGGUAAAAGCUCUCAGUGCGCUGUUUUAGGGGGUAAAUCACGCCGUAAUGGAAAGAACCAGAAUCCCUGUACCUUUGAGCAAGAUUACGCUGAAAAUAGUAAUAUAAGAGGAUUAUAUGUCUCAGACUACUUUAUGUUCGAAAGCGAUAUAGAACCUAAUGUAAAUUACAUGGUCCCACAGCUCGGAUGUGUCACCUCGGAAACAAAGCUAAUAUAUCACCAACGUGCCAACGGGGUACUGGGUCUUGGUCCAUCCGAGGUUCAUGGUGAGGAACAAGAUUGCAUGGAUGAUUCAGAGGACAAUACUACAUCGGCUACUAAAUCGAAUGCUAGAAAGGGAAAUGAGAUGUCCACAUCUCAGCAACCCGAUACUGUCCAAAUAACAAACUCCACCAAUGGUCCAAGCCUUACCUAUGGCAACUUUGUGAACGAUUUCCUUCAUAAACACUUCUUACCAAAGCAGCAUCAGUUUUCUCUUUGUCUUUCUGAUAAGGGUGGAUGGAUGACCAUUGGUGGUUUUGACGCUUCACCCAAUCUAAUUGGUGGAAAAUACAGAGAUGGAGAUGUUCAGCAUUCAUCAAAUGGGCCUAUAUGGGUUCCAAUGGAUCUUACAGGGGUGUAUUCGAUUUCAGUUGAAUUUCUGGAAUUUGCGGGAUAUGUUAUGAAGCCCAAUAGUACCAAAUUCAUACUGGACUCUGGGUCUACAUAUAGCGAUUUGGAACCGGCUAUGUAUAAGAUCAUUCAUUCAUUUUAUAGGCACCUUUGCAAUACAAUCCAGUUGAAAACCACCGCAAGAAGGACUAAAAGGCGUACCAGUGACUCCAAAGACUUUAUUGAGACUAUGCAUACAACGAGCAGCAAUAAACCAAAACAUGAAGAUACGGCAGCAUUUUCGGAGAAUGAAACAGGACAAAGUGAAGGAGUUAGCAAUCAUAGUUCUACGGAUUCUGGUGCUGAAGCGCACUUAGAGUACAUCCUACACGCAGCAAUUGAUUUGCAAAAGAAAUUAGAUGACAAGGUUAGGUGUACCAUACAGAAGCAUGAGAAAUUCAUCUGCUUUUCUGAUAUCUCACAAAUGCCGAGUGUAUACUUGGUAGUCCACGGGAAGAGGAUAAGGUGGUACCCCGAGUCAUACUUCAUUCGAAGACCUGGGAAGUAA